AUGGAUUCAACACUAAAAGGCCGUUUUCCAAGCCUCAACCAGACUAAAGGCAAACAAGUUUUAUCCUUUUAUCAUGACUGUAUGCUUCGAGUUUUUGACAACCAUGCUUCAAGGUUUGUAGCAAAUUUAAAGUGUUCGCUUUUCUCUCGUAGUAUUUGUAAAUCUUGAUAAAUUGUACUGUUGUUUUUUGACGUCGUAAAUUGAUGACUCAUCGCAUUUCCUGUUACGUUUUGUAGGAAAUCCGAAUACUUGGGCAACGUGCUUCUCGUUACAGCCAGGGUGAGUUUUGAUUAGAUACAUAGAUAUAUAGUUGUAAAUUAUAAUGAAAAUGUCAAUGCUGAAUUAUUGACUUGAAUUUUGAGAGUUUAAAUUGUAGGUUUAACCGUUUGGUAUUGUAGUGUACGCAAUUUGCAGUGAUAUAGUCUGACUAAGUUGUUCUAUCUUUCAUCCUAUACUUGAGUGUAUUCUUGCUAAACGAGACAACUUUAUAGAAUGCAAAAUCUGGGCAUUUCAGUAUUUUUGCUCUAAAAAGAGGUAGCUAUGUGCCUAUACAGCAGAUGCUGGUCAACCUGCUGUUAUCAGAGUGAGAAAAUAAUGUUCAUUCUUUUCAUUAUAUGUAGUAGUCUUGUAUUUGGAGACAAAUAAAUACAAUUGAGAGAUGCAGUUUAAUUUGCUUGCUCCAAAAUUCCAGCAGUUGACCACCAUUUGCCGCCCUGUAACAUUUGCUGAAAAGCAAUUCGCCAUUCCCCUUAUUACGUUUUCGUAGCGCUUUGCAUUGUGGUGAUAGUGGUAUCACUGAUAAAGAUAGCAGCCUGGAAUGCAAAUAUUGAAUGUUUUCACAAAUAUUUUGCUGUUGGCUAUUGCGCACCUGACCCUAGCUUUUUUUAAAAGUUAUUGCAUGGGUCAGGACAAAAAAUAAGCCAUCUUGAAUAUCAGUGAUACCAUUAGAACCACAAUGCAAAGCGCUAUGAAAACGUAAUAAGGGGAAUCGUCAAUUGAUGAGUUCCCUGCUGUUUGAAUGUUUAGAGUGGAGAUGUACCGAAGCUGUGCAAGGCAUUGGAAAAAGUUGAUUUAACUAAGGUAUAUGUUGAUAAAACAUUUUCUGUGUUGUAUGAGUGUUGGAACCAGAGCAGUUUGUUGUAGAAUAUAACCUACACUGGUUUGGCCAUUUUUAAUUAUGGUGGUAUUAUGAAUGGUAUCUGUUUUUCAGGUCGAUUUCAACUUGAAGGAAAGGGAUACAGAGAAUACUCCUUUGAUGGUCGCUGCUGAACAUGGCCAUGAUCAGGUUUGGUAACCAUGGGCAUCACCAUCUCACUUCAUCACCACCACCAUCAUCACCAUCAAAAUCACCAUCAAAAUCACCAUCACCACAACCAUCAUCACCACCACUAUCAUCACCAUCACUGUCAUCACCAUCACUAUCAUCACCAUCACUAUCAUCACCAUCAAAAUCAUCACCAUCAAAAUCAUCACCAUCAAAAUCAUCAUCACCAUCAUCACCAUCAAAAUCAUCAUCAAAAUCAUCAUCACCAUCAUCAUCACCACCACUAUCAUCACCAUCAUCACCAUCAUCAUCAUCAUCAUCACCAUCAUCACCAUCAUCACCAUCAUCAUCAUCACCACUAUCAUCAUCAUCAUCACCAUCAUCAUCAUCAUCAUCAUCAUCAUCACCACCACUAUCAUCACCAUCAUCACCAUCAUCAUCAUCAUCAUCAUCAUCACCAUCAUCACCAUCAUCAUCAGUGCUUAUGUAUAAUUCUAUUCCACUAGAUCAUACAAAUUUUACUAUCGUGUGGUUCUGAUGUCACGUUGAGAAAUGCUGCUGGUUGGACAGUUCUCGAGAAUGCUCCUGAAAGAAUCGCAGAAUUUAUUCUAGGUAUAUAUCAUUAUACAAUUACUUUAUGGUUUCCGUGUUUGGAUGGCCUGAUCCAAACACGCGGGAAUGUUGCGAGAGUUAAGAAAAGCGCGCGAAACACGAGCCGAAGGUGAGUGAUUUUGCGCGCUUUUCUUAACUCGAGCAACAUUCCCAAGUGUUUGGAUCAGGCCAUCCAAACAGGGAAACCAUAAAGUAAUUGUUUUAUAAAAUAACAACAACACGAUAGUCUUCCGUGUUUGGAUGGCCUGAUCCAAACACGGGUUUCGACCAAUCAGAGCACGCGUUAUAUACAUGUUAUUUUAUAAACAUUUUUACCAGCUAGUUUGAGGAACUUAAAAGAUUGUUGCUAGCCCUAAUUUUUCUUUUUUUCUUUUGUAGAUUCUGUAAACAGACCAGGUAAUGAUGUUUACAAAAUGAUUUCAUUAAUGUGUUGUGCUUUUAGGUACCAUAUUGCUGUAUAUUUCUAUCAUUCUAAUCAUUCCUGCAAUUAUUAUUUUGUACAGGUGCAGGACAACCACUCCUCUGUCAAGCAGCAUGGCAAGGAAAUGCUACUGUAGUGAAGAAACUGCUGGUAAACAAUAUAAUAGUUAAAGAAUCAUUAAUCCAGUUAAGAUUCACUGAAGUACAGUAUUAUCCCAUUGAGUGACAGCACUCUCCCCCUGACAAGUAAAAUCAUCUGGUGUUAGACAGAGUAAAAUAAUAAAGUAGAGUGCAUCUGGGUGCAUUGCCACCUAAAGGGUCAACAGGGUGCAAUGGGCAGAUAGUCUGAUUAACCUAUUGAGUAAAAUCGUCUGGUGUUAGAGUAAAAUAAUAAAGUAGGGCACAUCUGGGCGCAUUGCCACUUAAAGGGUUAAGUGUAGCACUUUUCAAGAUAAGAUCUUGGUGUUUGAUACUGUUUUUUCUCUCUGUUUGUAGCAUCUGAACCCAAACUUGAAUGUGAACAACACAAAUUCUGAAGGCCUUACUCCUUUGUUGCUAGUUACUCGAGACCUUGACCUCUUUGAUAAAAGUAAGUAAACCAACAAGUUGUACAAAGUUAACCAACUUGCAUUCUUCAGAAUAGCAUCUUUACACAACAAAUAUCUAUUCACGAGUUUUGUCUUUCUUGAUUGUAGUCAAACUGAACGUCUUCACUGAGAAUUAUAAUCCAACUGAGGUCGUUUCUCUGUUGUUGCACCAAAAUGCGUAAGUAUAUCUUGCAAUAUGCAGGACAUGCUAAUAGUACAUACAUAAAUACUUUAUUGGAAUACUCCCAAUCGAGUUUUUCAGCAUACAAUUACAAAGAUGAAAAAAAUCAAUGUUAAAACUAUGUUACGUUAUAUAUAUAUAUAUAUAUAUAUAUAUAUAUAUAUAUAUAUAUAUAUAUAUAUAUAUAUAUAUAUAUAUAUAUAUAUAUAUAUAUAUAUAUAUAUAUAUAUAUACCGGGUGGCCCAAAAAAAAGUACUCAUCUUUGAUUCAGUAUAACUUAAAAAGUAAUAGAGUUCUGACACUUAAACAAUAGGCAUUGUAUUCAGUAAUGUAUAACUUAAAUUUUCGUAUAUACCAUUUGCAUUUUAAUACAGUAUUGACUGAGAUAACUGCGUUUAAAGUUGAGUUAACGUUUCGGGAAAUGUCGAAAAUGAGCAAAAAACGGCCUAUUAAAGUAAUUUUGUCAACGCAACUAUGCAAUAUCUUAGGGGGCAAUUUCCUGGCCGACUGAUGAGUAAACGGGGUGAUUGGCCUUGGCCCCCUCGUUCUCCUGACCUGACGGUGUGCGAUUUUUUUCUUUGGGGCUACUUGAAGCAUCAAAUUUGGAAUGUGCCACAUGAUGAACAACCACAUAAUUUGAGAGAGCUUCGUGAGGCAAUUGUAACAGCAUGCCGCAACCUGGAUGCCCAGAUGAUCCGAAAUUCAUUCGACUGCAUGCUCACACAGGCAAGAAAGUGCAUUCUUGCUGCGGGGCAUGCAUUUCCUAAUGAAUAGCAUUUUUAUCUGGAAAACAAACGUGUACUUUUCGACUGCAGUGUACCUACGCACAGGUUAUUGCGGUAUUAACAUUUAAUAGGUCGUUUUUUGCUCAUUUUCGACAUUUCCCGAAACGUUAACUCAACUUUAAACGCAGUUAUCUCAGUCAAUACUGUAUUAAAAUGCAAAUGGUAUAUACGAAAAUUUAAGUUAUACAUUACUGAAUACAAUGCCUAUUGUUUAAGUGUCAGAACGCUUUUACUUUUUAAGUUAUACUGAAUCAAAGAUGAGUACUUUUUUUGGGCCACCCGGUAUAUAUAUAUAUAUAUAUAUAUAUAUAUAUAUAUAUAUAUAUAUAUAUAUAUAUAUAUAUAUAUAUAUAUAUAUUACAACUAAUGCUAUAAGUUAGAAUAAAAGGUAUAAUAGCCCAUGUGUCUUUCACUUAAAUAUAUGUUUUGUUUUCACUCCAGUGAUUGUAAAGUAGUGGACAAUGAAGGACGAAGCGCUCUCCAUCUGACUGCAAGAAAUCAUGGAACAAACGCCAGAAAUAUUAUCAGUCUGCUUACAAGGAAAGACUCCUUUGAUGUUGGUAAGUGUUACUGUUAGAUGUUUUAGAAUAACACCGACGCUAAACUAACUUUGGGGAUAGAUAGCUCCAUUUUUGACCUGUGUUUCUAUGUUGCCGGAAUACGUUUAAUUCAGCGAGGUUUAUAGUUGGCGCACUAGACUGUCAGCAUAAUAUGUAUUCUAAACCCCAGAUGUUCAGUUCGCACCAUCCCACACUGAUAGAGGUGUCCAUCAAGUUUCAAUUUUAUAUCUAUAUAGAUCUGCGCGACAUACAGGAUUACUCCGCACUACACUUUGCCUCGGAAACAGGGGAUGCAAACGUGUUGUUGGCUUUAAUUGACAAUGGAGCUAACGUGAAUGCAAGAGGUCCUCUGGGACGAACUCCUCUACAUAUGACGGUUGGUAUUAUAUAAUCCAAUGAAACUACCAGUCAACAUCAAGUAAGGUUCUUCUAUACCCAGUAAAAGAAGUGCCUUGACAUGACCAGCAUGUCCGCCUAGCUUUCCUAUCAUUUGAUAACUACAAGAUGAAAAAUGUGUUUGAAAAAUGUGUUUCCCCACUAAGCACUAUCGUGCAGCAGAUGUUGGUCAACCUGCAGUAGUUAUCAGAGUGAGAAAAUAAUGUUAUUUUUGUUAUAUUUUGAGACAAAUAUGAAUAGAAGUGAGAGAUUUAGUUUAAUUUUCUUGCUACUAUAUGUAAGUGUUGAAGUUGACCGCUAUCUGCUGUCCUGGAAACCCACCAUGAGCGACAAUUAUUCAUAACAAUCUCUGAUUUCUCACCAGGCGUCACGCGGAGAUGAAAGAACUUCAGUGAUAUUGGUUGAGCAUGGCGCAAACGUCUUGCUUGUAGACGACCUGGGUUUCACUCCCGUGGAUGUCGCGACAGGAAGCAACGUACAACUCUUCUUGAAAGGUAUUUGCAAAAUAUUGGAUUUUGUUCUCUUCCUGUUUUUUUUUUUGCGAUUUAUUUCUGAUGCAAAACAACGUUUUUUACCCCACAGAAGCAUGGACGGAGCACGCGCAAAGGUCCGUGGAUUCUGGGAGAGUAAAGUCGGGUAAGGAAUUAUAAGUUUAAAUAUAAAUCAGAUAAUUUGUUAAUUUAAAUGUGAAGUAUUCGUAAGUGUCACCAUUUUGACAGCUAGUGAUAAUUAAUUCAUGUUUCAAUUCAUACCAGCGCCAGUUGCCGUUCCGGUAAAAUUGGAUCACUUGGACGCGCCAGAUGUGACCAACCUUAUGGUAAUGUUGAUUAAUAUAUGUAUACAGAACAUGAGAAUAAUCACAUAUUUAAUUCCUACAGUGUAGUCAAUACUAAAAUGCGCAUUACCCAGACAUUAAUUUUGUUUCAUAAAUUUUUCAUGCACAGAAGAAUGAUGAUGAAAGUGAAAAGCCUUUGAAAAGUAGGUCUGGAUUUGAUGAUGGUGUUGAUGAUGAUGAUGGUGAUGAUAAUGGCGAUGAUGAUAGUAUGAUGAUAAUGGUUAUGACGAUGGUGGUGGUGGUGGUUGAUGGUACCUAUUGACAUAACUCAAUGCAUGUAAAAGAAUUAAAUUUGUCUCUUGCAGAAACCUCGAAGAAAAGUAGUAAAAAGUUACAAGGACGUUCCCACUCAGAAGAACAAACUCAACCUCAGCCUAGCUCUGGUCUACCCAGAAGGUAACAAUUCACAACUGAUAGACCUAUGUAAUAAAAAUAAAAUUAGUUCAGUUUUUCUCCUGUUGUAACACUGGAUCAUCCAUUUUCAUAUUUCAGAACUCGCUCGUAUUCCUCGGGUCCUUCACCUCGCUCGAAAUUAGAUCCCAUCCACCAAGAUAUCCUCCAGUCUGAUGAAGGAAGAAUAUCCCCUUUAACACAGAAAACAAUCCUUGGCAGAACAAGUUCUUCCGAGGUGAACCUCCGGCCGAAUAAAACUCGUGAGUAACGUAUCAAUGCAUUUCACACCUAUGGAUUUAGACUAUUUAAAUUUAUAUUGUUGUUAACUAGCCAUUUUAUCUUUCAGCACAAACAGAAAUUGUUCCACGACCAACUGCCAAAGUUGCCGUUUUAAAUAUUGACCUACAGGGACACGAGUAAGUUGAUCGUCUUCGUUCUUGUGUUGUUAGUAGACACAGUGGUCAGUGCAUGUGUCUUUCAGGUCUAUGACGUUGUUGUUUCUGUCGCGAGGAAAGCUUCCAGUUUGACUGUACUAAAACAAUGCAACAUUUUCUUUAAGUUCCUUUAGAACUGAUAGAAAUAUACAGUAUAAAUAAAGUUUAGUUUAGGUUUCCUCCUGUAGUAACACUGGAUCAAUAAGAGAUGAUCCUUACUGGACCUCUAGGAAGAACAGUUUAGAACUUAUAGAGCUAUUCAGUAUAAAUAAAGUUAGUUUAGUUUAGGUUUCCUCCUGCAGUAACACUGGAUCAAUAAGACAUGAUCCUUACUGGACCUCUAGGAAGAACAGUUUAGAACUGAUAGAGCUAUCCAGUAUAAAUAAAGUUUAGUUUAGGUUUCCUCCUGUAGUAACACUGGAUCAAUAAGAGAUGAUCCUUACUGGACCUCUAGGAAGAACAGUUUAGAACUGAUAGAGCUAUCCAGUAUACAGUAAAUAAAGUUUACUUUAGGUUUCCUCCUGUAGUAACAUUGGAUCAAUAAGAGAUGAUCCUUACUGGACCUCUAGGGAGAACAGUUUAGAACUGAUAGAGCUAUCCAGUAUAAAUAAAGUUUAGUUUAGGUUUCCUCCUGUAGUAACACUGGACCAAUAAGAGAUGACUCUUACUGGAUCUCUAGGAAGAACAGUUUAGAACUUAUAGAGCUGUUCAGCAUAAAUAAAGUUCAGUUUAGGUUUCCUCCUGUAGUAACACUGGAUCAAUAAGAGAAGACCAUUACUGGACCUCUAGGACUAUCCAGUAUAAGUAAGUUUAGGCUUUAAUCUGUGUUCAACUUAUUUUCUAGUCUUCAUGGUAGACAAAAAAGCAAGAGUUGCAGUGAGCUGCCGUUCACUCGAUACCGUGUGCAGAAAUUAUCAAAUCCACGAGCAUGUUCUACAGCGGCAGAACCGCUGAAUAACCCUCUCAGUCUACGCGGGCGAUCCGUCUCCGCUCUGUCGCUAUCCUCCUUUGAAACUCUGCCUGGGAUUACGCCCGAAGCAGGAGAUGAGGUGAAUGAUGGUGUUGAAAUAAUGGUAGAUCCUUCAGCCGAACCACAGAUAGUUAUCACACCACCAGCUAAUGGUUCUGACCAACCCACUGACGAGCAAUGCCCCAGUUCACCAGAAACAGACAUUUUAAACAAAACAUUCAACUCUAAAGAAAAACCUGUAUUCUGGUUUCCAAAUAAUACCAACGUACGAAGCGACACGAACUCUACUCCUAAAUUCCAAAAUUCCGACCGGGGUUUUUUUGUAGACUGGAAAGAACUUGAAAUCCCUUUACAAAAAUGUACGAAAUGCCGGGAGGAAUUUAAACCGGAGGAUUUAAAACCCGGUACCUCUAUAUGUAAUAUGUGCUAUAGAGAAUCGAUCGCAAAGGAUACUUUUUGGGUCCCUUUCGGUUCUGAUGGCCGCAAGUCUAAAUCUGGAAUGCGAACUGCUGGUUCUGAUGACCGCAAUACAAGAACUGGAACGCAAACUGCUGAUGAGCGCAAAAUACAAACUGGAACGCGUUCUUCAAGCGUUGAUGAUAGAACAGUUUGCAUCGACAAAGAAACAUUGAAUAUUUUAAGAAAGAAAAAACUAUCUGAAGGCUGUUUAGACUCGGAGCAUUUUUCACAAAAUUCAAAAGAGCGGUUGUCAAAAACGAAGCAGGUUUUGAAAAAGACUUUGUCAGACACGUCUCAAAAUCGAAAUAGUUUUGAUUGUGUUAAAAGUUCGAGCAAGAAUCGUGAAGAAGCUGACAGCGUAGCAAACGAACAAGAAAGCACUCGAAACAGUUUAGAGGUAAAUACUCAAGUACAAAUAGGAAACGAUACUGUUGAAACAAACAGCUUUUGUGGUGAAGGACACAAGUCAGGCCUGAUGGCUGCUGGGAGUUCACAAGAAAUUGAACAACGCAGAGUAAUAAGUCAAAACAAUUCAGAGAAAACCACGGAAGCAGGAACAAUACAAUAUGAUAAAACUGAUAGCGUUAGUGUUGACGUUGACAGUGAUCCCGAGGAGCUAACAGAAAAUAGUACGAUAUGUAGCUCUCCUUCUGUGAACGAGGAAAUAUCGAAAGAAAGCGAUCUCAAACAACGCGAAGAUACGUUGGAAGGGACACACAACGCAAAUAAACCAACCGCUAACACUCCUUCGUCAAAAUUUAUCAUCAAAGAGUUCACAAAAUGCCGACAAACUUUGGAACGGCUUCGUACAGAUAUGAUGUGCUUAGAGAAAAAUGAAAUAUCUGCUGACGUAAUUAGGCGGUUAAGCAGCCAAUCAGCGGCCGAGAAAGGUGGCAAGCAACAACCAGCCACUUUAACUACGAAAUCCAAACCUGUCGUACAAGUUAGGGACAAAGGAGGAGUAGUGGAGCAAUAA